UUACUGAUAAUAAAAAUAUUGAAACUGGGACUUUAUAAUUUUCGAAAUACGAAACUUCGAAACUGGGGCAAUGGAACCUUGAAAUGAAGCGAAAUGAGUUUGUUAGAAACUCAACGAACAGGAAAUUAAUGAAGAAAUUAAAAGGGAUCCCACCUGAUGAUUACGGCGUUCGCUGUCAAAAUGAAGAGGCUGAGGUCAGUGAUCCUGUGCUGCUGACUUCUGAAGUUGGCAAACCCGUGACUGCAGGAACAAUCGAGAUCAGUGAUCCUGUGCAACCGAUUUCUGAAGUAACAAUCGCGCCGAAACUUCCAAGUUUAUGUGCUAUAUGCAACUGUACAGGUGACACCAUGGAUUGCAGUAACAGAAAUUUGACGGAUCAGUGGGCAGACGCUCAGUGGCCAAAUGUAUCUAUUAACGUGGUAACGUUCGAAGGGAACUCGUUAGUUAAUUUGACAUCGUUUCCAAAAGCGGUGAUUCACAAAUUAAUUUUGAAAAAUAGCAACAUCACGAAAAUCAGCAACUCAGCGUUCAAACAGUUGAUCAACCUCACUGAAUUAGAUUUGAGCGGCAAUCAUAUUACAAGGGAAAAUUUGCAACCAAGCGUGUUCGAGGGUAGAUUUUCAGUGGAUGAUUACGAACCAUUAGCAAAAUUAACGGUGUUAAAUUUAGCUUCAAAUGAGCUUCAUUCUUUGCAUCAAGACAUCUUCGAGCACACGCCGGCCCUUAAAAUACUAAAUCUUUCGAAGAACUUGUUUUCUAAAAUUGACCACCCCACUUCUAUUGCGCUUAGUUCGCUUCCACAAUUGGAGGAAUUGGAUUUAAGCUAUUGUAGUUUGACAAUGCUACCGGAGUCGCUAUUUUACACUUCCAGGACUAUUAAGAGGCUAAAUUUGAGUGGCAAUCGAUUUAUGGUUCCCCCGCCUGCUCUCGAGGAGGCAACGACGCUGGAGUACCUUUAUAUGGACGAAAAUCCGUUGCAAAUUCUUAAUCAGCAUCAACCGUUUCCCACUCUGCCCAAAUUGAAAGAGUUGAGCCUUUGCUGUAUGCCUUAUUUGACCGUAAUCGGCAAGGGUGCUUUCUCGGGCCUGAAAGUGCUCGAACAUCUCCGAAUUCAAAAUUGCCCAAACCUGGAAUCUAUUGAUGAAUAUGCUCUUUCGAACGAGACGGAGUCUGGGGGAUCAGUGUGGCCGCCACUGAAGAAACUAGAUUUAUCGGAUAACGCUCUACGAUAUUUGCCUGCGCACUUCGUAGCAAGGUGGGACUGGCUCGAAGAAUUGGAUCUGAUGAACAACAAAUGGAGCUGCGAUUGCAAUAAUCAAUAUCUGAUCCACAUUUUGUUGCCACAGCACGGCAAGAAAUUGAUGGGAGAGAAUGUUGAUAUGCUAAAAUGUGCCGCACCACCGGAACACCUAGGCAGAGACCUGUUAUCGUUAUCCAAUCGAACUGUCCGUUGUUUGGAUUUAAACGGAGCACAACCGGAGAAAGAUGCCACAAUUCUCAUUGGCAUGUUUAUCGGUGUGAUGCUCGCCAUUCCUGUUUGCCUGGUGAUAUUCAUUUUGUGGCGUCGCGGCUUCUUUUUCUGCGGACCGACAGGACCCGCCAGUUUCUCUCGCGCCUUCUAUACGCGAACGUCCAACGACGAUGAUGUAGCUUGAUGUA